CUUCCUCACUGAUAGUUUGUCGAGUUAGCUAACAUGAUGUGCCAGCGUUUUAUAUUUCACUCGUGAAAGGCUUCCAGUCGUCGCUUCAUAGGUUAUUACUGUUAAUAAUCCGCUAUCAGGUGGUGUUAUAAAUUCUUUUUUAGGGAUUAACAAGACCGCGUCAAAUUGCUGUCAUAAAGCUAAUCUUAGUCUUUAAGCUAGUUUCAGAUAGCUUACUCUGUUCCUUUGCAGAGGACAAGACGCAGAAUUAUUUCGGCUGCUAUAUAUUUUUAAUGGUAAAAGCUUACCUUGCUGUGCGCUGAAAUGGUGUUUUCGUUGGUGAGCCUUUGUGCCAGGGGGGUGGUGAGUGACCACAGCUCUUCGCCUUGCUGGUUAAGGUGGGUGCCCAGGGAGCUCUUCAGACCGCUGCUGGAGGCCGCCUUCACCAGCUACAGACCGCUGGCUGUGGGUGAGCUGGUGCAGAGAUGGCCUGAACGCACCCUGCGUGUAGGAGGACGAAGGAAACAAGGGCAAACCGCGCCAAAUCGACUCUGCAUUCAGGCUUUAUUACUUGCUGUUGUCAGAGGACUCUCGGACCAAAGAUGUGCCCUGCAAAUACUGGACCUCUGUGGGCUCCAAGGAGAUGAAGGAGGGAUGGGAGACCCAAUGGGGGGCUGGUCUCUGACUGUAGCUCUCUGCACCAUGGUUGUUCAGGCGAGAGCUGGAGCACAGAGGGCACUGAGGAGAGAAGGAGAGCGGGAGAGAAAAAGGUUCUCAGACCUGGAGAGAGAGAAGGAUAUAAAAAGGGAAAGGGGGCAGUGGAAGAGGGGAAAAGAACCCAAUGGUGAUGAGGCGAGCAAUGACAGAGAGAGGGUGGAAUUAAUGGAAGAUUUGGGUGAAGAGGAAAUGAUUAAGGGAGUCAGGAGGAGGAUGGAGAUAGAGAGGAAAAGAGACAGCACACUGGCAGGUUUAGCAGGCAGCAAAAAGGAAAAUGAGGAAAGAGGAAGUGAUGUGUUGGUGCAUGUGAGAGCUGAUCUCUUUGUCAAUGCUCGAUCUUGGGAGCGUGUUCGUGUGGCUCUCAGCACAUCAGGACCUCUCAAGCUUCAGUGCAGGUACCUUCGUGUGGAGGAAAUCUCUGUGUCAAGUAUCAGGACUCUGCUAGACCUCCUGCCUCACCAGGGUCUCCUGGGCAUCGAUGUUCGCUACAGCAGCCUUGGGGUGGCUGGCUUUGCUGAGCUGCUGCCUUUGCUCUCCACCUUCCCUGCACUGAACUCCCUUCGGCUGCACUACUGUAACUUGGACUUUCGCCGAGACCACCCUGGACAUGAGGAGGCACUGAGGGACAUGUCACAAGGUUUGGCACAGUUACAGGAGCUGCGACGCCUCAGCCUCACUGCACUGCGCCUGCCAGGACAACUUCGGGUGCUGCUCAGUUCACUGCCUCAACCUCUGGAGAUCCUGGAGCUGCCAUAUUUGAGCCUGAGUCCAGCUGACCUUGCCUAUCUGUCCUGCAGCCACCAUGCUUCCACACUGCAGCAGCUUGAUCUAAGUGAGAACCGUCUGGAUGAAAACACCCUGCCCUCUAUUCGCCGUUUCCUCUCCCAGGCUUCCGGCAGCCUGCAGCACCUCUCUUUAAGCGGCUGUGGCCUUACUGACAGCCUGCUGGGGCUCCUGCUGCCCUCCCUCGGAGGCUGCUGGGCCCUCAAGAGUUUGGCUUUGGCCCUGAACCCACUCUCCAUGUCUGGCCUCACUGACCUGGUGAGGAUGGCUGUGCGAAUGCCAUCCCUCCGUCAGUUACUGUACCCCAACCCCCUUGAGGACUACCAGCCAGGCCUUCCUGACCUGCCCUCCAGCGCUCAGCUCUUAGACUGGCCUCUGGAUGAAACCACAAACAUCAACAUGACCAGCAGCCAGCUCAACAGGGUGUUAAUAGAAAGCGGACGCUCUGACCUCUUCCUGACCUGCGACCUGCUCAAUUAUGAUAAAGAUUUGGUGGACUAGAGCAGAAGUCAGGUGAAGAACACUGGUGCUUUUAAGUUCACUCACUAACAUCCAAAAGCAAUGUACCAUCAAAUUGUCAUGCUAAAUAUGAUGUAAUAUUCUUUUAUCGGUUUCUUAUCUUUUCUCUAUGACCAUGAGUGUUAUGUGAAGGGUUUAACUAUUCAUUUAUGCUUUUUUUUUAAACAGACAAAUAACUGCAGGUAGCAAAACGGUAAUGAAAAGAAUACCAAACUCUUCAAAGGCCCAGUAAUCACCAAACCAACAAGUUUGUUUUUGUUGGCAUCAUGAAUGUGAUCAUCAGAUCAAUCAGAAGAAAACACUAAUUUUGAAAAUGUAAAUAUUGGCCUUAUGGCAGAGCUAGGGAUGAGGCUUGUUCUCCCUGGGAUGUAGGAAUGUACAGUUUUAAAGAUUUGUUUGACAAAUGUACAGCUGGAGGUGAGGAACUAUAACAUGAUUCAGUUAAAAGGUGCUAUACUACGAACAAGUUCACUGGUUGACUGCAUUGUUGCUGGUUUCGUACCAAAAAUGAAUUCUUACUCUAUAAUCAGGUAACCAGGAUGCUUUUUGAUACAAAGAUUAACAUCUGCCUGGUCCACUUGUACAGCCUAUGUGUCCCUGUGCCUUUACAUCAGUCACUUUCUUUAUAUAAGGCGCAGAUCCAAAUAUCUGAUCAGCUCACCCACUACAUGUGCAUGCUGCAAAUCAACAACCAAUGCUGAAGUGGCCAACUUUAUAGUAUGUGUUUCCUAAGUGUUUGAAUAACUUUCCUUAAAUGGGAAAUUAAUGUAUCUGCAAUAUAUUUAGGUUUAUUUGAAUUUUUGUACCAAUAACUUUUUUUUAUUAAGUAAUGUACUCUUACAUUUGUCCUGUUUUAUUCUACAUAUUUGUCAUACAAUCGUUCCUACAAUACCUGUUUUCAAAUCUUCAAGAUUGUGCUUUUUGUAUUCAGUCAUGAUUGUAUAUUCAAAAAGUAUCAGCGUUAUCAGGAAAUGAAUGAACCAAAUCACCUUUGUACCACAUGAAUGCAUUUACAUACAGUAAGCUGCAGAAUAAAUCCGUCA